AUGCAAGACUUUCAGGAUGGUGUCGUUGGGAAUAUGAAAGAAUUUUUGCAACAAGGCAGGACCUUACCCUGGGCAGGCAUGCCCAUCCCCUAUGAAGAGAUGAGAAGCUUACCCCCCAACUCCAUGUUGGCGGGUUACCCUUUCCCUACUGCUCCUCCCGUGGAUCCAUUUGCCAAAAUCAAAGUGGAUGACUGUGGAAAAACUAAGGGAUGCUUUAGAUAUGGCAAACCGGGCUGUAAUGCAGAGACUUGUGACUACUUCCUUAGCUACCGGAUGAUAGGGGCUGAUGUGGAAUUUGAACUGAGCGCUGACACAGAUGGUUGGGUAGCAGUUGGAUUCUCUUCAGACAAGAAAAUGGGUGGUGAUGACGUCAUGGCCUGUGUCCAUGAUGACAAUGGCAGGGUCCGCAUACAGCACUUCUAUAAUGUAGGCCAGUGGGCAAAAGAGAUUCAGAGAAACCCUGCCAGAGAUGAAGAAGGAGUCUUUGAAAACAAUCGGGUCACCUGCAGAUUUAAACGCCCUGUGAACGUUCCCAGAGAUGAAACAAUUGUCGAUCUGCAUUUGAGUUGGUAUUAUCUGUUUGCUUGGGGUCCAGCCAUUCAGGGCUCUAUCACCCGACAUGAUAUAGACUCACCACCGACUUCAGAGCGUGUUGUCAGUAUUUACAAGUAUGAAGACAUUUUUAUGCCAUCGGCUGCCUAUCAAACCUUCUCUUCUCCAUUUUGUUUGCUUCUCAUUGUUGCCCUGACCUUCUACCUGUUGAUGGGAACUCCUUAA